UCUCUCAAUCUUUUUUUUUUAAUCUUUUGUUUAAUUUCUUUCUAUCUUCUUUACAAUGAAACAAUAUGAACAAACAUUUCCAAGUACCCUUCCAAGAACAAGUAGUUGUAAUAGCUCCAACAAGCUUAUAAUUCCAUCAAAUUACCUAAAUUCAACCAAUUCUUCGUAUACUAAUUCUUUUAUUCAUCGAAAAAAUCGAGGCACAAUCAAAGUCAACUUUAAUUUUCUCAAGUCUCUUAUAAAAAUUAUUUCCUUCCAUACUAUGCUUCCAGCAUGCAUGUUUAUUAAUUUCCCUACACAUUUUACACAAAAUUCAUGCCGGAAAGUCACCGGAACUUUGUUCGGUCAUCGGAGAGGCCACGUCAGCUUCGCCAUUCAAGAUCAUUCCACAUCAUCAGAACCGAGUCUAUUGAUUGAAUUCGCCAUCUCAACGUCUACUUUGGUCAAAGACAUGUCAUCGGGUCUGGUCCGAAUCGCAUUGGAAUGCGAGAAAAUGCCACGUGGCAGCAGGCAAUUGAGGCUACUCCAGGAACCUAAGUGGGCCAUGUAUUGUAAUGGAAGGAAGUGUGGGCACGCGCUUGCCCGCGCGUGCACGGACUCCGAUAGGCAUGUGUUGCGCACCGUGCGGAACGUGUCGGUUGGGGCGGGAGUGAUUCCGGUUGUGGGUGAUGGUCGGAAGCGCGGCGAGUCGGAAGGUGAAUUGAUGUAUAUGAGGGCUAAUUUUGAACGAGUCAUAGGAAAUUGUGACUCGGAAGCUUUUUAUAUGAUGAAUCUUGAUGGAAAUGGAGGACCUGAGCUUAGUAUAUUCCUUAUUAGGACUUGAAAAGUAAAAAAAAAUCAAAUCUAUACAUGUUUGUAUCAUUAUGCGUGUUAUUUUAUAUUGGAUAAAUAAAUUUAACUCGUCUUGGUGUUUAUCGUAAA